CAUGAGAUUAACGAAUAGUCCCUGGAAGGACCAUUCCCGAGAAGAGGGCUCGCGGAGAUGCUGCAGAUCAGGCUCAGCAAGGCGCCGCCGGGAGACGGCGGUGCGGGACCGGCGGUCACGAGGCCUCCGCCCCCAUCAGACACGGUGACGGUGGCGUGCCCGGACCACUUGGUCAUUGCUGAUCUCCCCGUUGCCAAAAGCCUCGGCGCUAUCACCUCCUCCGCCGCCCCAGCCCUACGUUCUCUUGGACGCCGCUCUCGCCGACUCCCCGGGGAUCGAGUCCACUUCUGCGUUCGCUGCGACUACCCUAUCGCCGUCUAUGGCCGCCUCAUCCCUUGUGAACAUGUGUUUUGUCUGGCAUGUGCAAGGAAUGAUUCCAUCUGCUACCUUUGUGAUGAACGUAUUCAGAAAAUUCAAACUAUUAAAAUGAUGGAAGGGAUCUUCAUUUGUGCAGCUCCUCAUUGCCUCAAGUCUUUUCUUAAAAAAUCUGAAUUUGAAUCACAUAUUCAUGAAACCCAUGCAGACAUCCUCCAGCCUAAUGUUGAGAAGAGUAUGAAUGAUGUAGACGCUUCCAACAACCAGCGGUUGUCAUUGGACUCCCAUAAACAAUCCUCACAGCAGCCAGAAUCCUCUACUGCCCGUGCUCCUUCUAGACCGGCCUUUUCACCCAAUUCAGAUUUUCAAAUGCAGGACUUUGAUGAAAGGACUCGUCGCUACCCUUCAAGAGAUCAACAGUCUGCAAAGCCACAGCUUCAGCCAAAAUUGUCACCCUUUCCUGGUCGUCCCUCUUACCAGCCAAAUGAUCAGCUGCUGGAUAACAACCCACCUCAAGGGUUUGACAAGCCCAGCCAGAACUGGUACAACCAAGGCCAGGGUUUCGAGAACCAGAGUAAUUUUCAGUACCCACCUCCUGAUAAACAAACAGGUAUUCCCCAAGAAUCACCAAUCCCCACUUAUCCUCCUGUUCAACCGCUUCAACAGCCAAACUUUCAAUUGCCUAUGAAUGCCAAUCAAGCUCCUGCACCAACUCCAUCCUACAAUUAUCCUAUUCCACCUGAAGGCUUGCAGUCAUAUUAUAAUGCACCUUAUGAGAUGCCGCGACCAGAAUCCAUGCCACAGAGUGGACCAGACCAGGGUUCAGUGUUGGGAUUUCCACCAGCACAGGCAGCAGGCCUUGCAAGCUUUCCCGAGGGUUUUCCUCGCCCGUGGAGCAUGGGAUAUAUGAAUGUGCCUUUCAAUUCUCUCGCAAUGGGUCAAGGAAUUCCUGAAGGCUUUGCAAAUCCAACAGACUCACACAGUGGCUCUGCUGAGCAGAAUGAUGGAAAGGGUGUGUUGGCAUCAGUACCGCUUCAAAUGCCAUUGUCUAUGCCACUCCCGCCACCGCCCCCUCUGCCUCCACCGAUGGUGCAGCAGCUUAAUAGAGGUGGCUUCUCAAGCUCUAGUAAUGUGAACCAGGAUGGUCAAGGCUACUGAUGGUAGCUGCCAGCCUUUCAAAUUCCGGCAAUGCUGUGUUUAACUUUAUUAUUCUUAGUUUGGGGCAUAUGUUUCUGGUGUCACUUUUAUGGACUCUAAACUUUUGAUAUGGUUUAAAAACUACCACACGUCAUUUCUUGUGAUUAUA